AUGAACUCUUCCGACGAUGAAAUACAUCCAGAUGACGAGUUUUAUCGCAAGGUCAGGCGCGGCGAGACGUCAGCCACGCUAUCGCGGACAGCAAAUCAGAAGGGCAAGCAGAGGGCCGAUGGCAGCAACACCGAUCCAUAUAAGAGCAGUUUGAUAAACGAAGGCGCGGGUGGGAUUCACGACAAGGAUCAAAUGGAUCUCGAUAUUGAGCACGACAAUACUAGGACAUCACAGAAGCCAACACGAAGUUAUUCGCCUCCCAAGGAAGACACGGUCAUCUACUUGCCAGAUGAUGAGCCGUACGACAUGAGGGAUGAUUAUGAAAGGAGAAAUCCUCCUGCUCGCAACGUUGAGACACGAUAUACAUCUCGAGCCAACGAACCGCCUCGCAAUUGGCUAUCGGUGCGAGGCUCUUAUGCUCGUGGAAGAGAGACACGAGGAUGGAUCCCCAGGUGCGACAUCCAGUACAAUAUGGACGCCUCGAAAAUACGUCUCCCUUCCGUUCCUCCGCGUAUCAUCGACCAGGACCCGCCAUUUCAUCGAGGAAAUCAUCCUGGCCCCUCUCGCCAACCCCCAAGGGGAUCAGCCUUUCUUCGCGUAGGUAAUUUAGUACCUACGCCACAAGAGAUGCGAGCAUCCCAACGAAGAGAUGGCCUAGCGCAGUCGCGAUAUCCUACACCCAGCUUCCCUUCAUCCAACAGGCAUCCCAGGUCGAUUGGGAUUCACAGAAAGAAAUGGAUAGGGUAUAACACUUCGCAUCCAUUACUGCCAUCGCGGCGAGACCUGGAUCCACAAAUGAUCUAUGUAGAUGGAGAGUAUAUCAUGGCACCACGGAAGAUUGAUGUUGGAAGAGAUAUUCACCUCGUCGCGACACGUACUCUUCGAUAUCAUGUUCCAGUCAAUCGGGACGCCAAAUCUGGAGCCGGCUCCUCCAGGUAUAUUCAGAACCGCGCAUACCGUGAUGAGCCUGAAGAGCUACAAGAGAGGAUUCUAGGAGAAAUUGAUCUGAGAGUCAUUCAUGACAGGGAGGACGAAUAUUCUGAGUCUUCAACCGACGAGGAAGAGAUGGUAGGUGCAGAGGAACGCCAAAGUGUUUCUCCUGAACCUGUCAUGGCCGAGGAAUGGGAGGAACGGCCUCCACCAACUCCUGGACCACUCUCCUACGAGCCUCUCGGCGGACAGGAGCCAACUCACAGGACGGGCUUCAAGUUCCAGAAUCGGAUUCGGACAUUGAACGAUCGCCGACUCCCGAAAACACACGACAAUCUAUUUGAUACAAGUCCACCACCGCCACCAAUUCUCUCUCGACUCAAAGAAUGCGGUGCUUUGAGUGGUGUUCCUGUACCGUUCCUGAGGCGUAAUCUCGUCAAAUCGUUUGAAGCGUACUUCAGACAAGACUUGAAGAAGAAGGGGCGGCUGGCUCCCAAGAUUGCGCGAUACACAUCUAGAAUACUACCAAUCGUCUACUGGGAGUAUCGAUACCGGCCCAGCGAGCAACGUCAGUGCACUUGGCAGGUUACUCAGAAAGGGUGGUUGUGUCAAUUGUGCUCGAGUUUUCCGCCAUUUUCCAACGGCAAGGCUUUCAUCUUCCACCUGCGAAGAGAUCACUCGGACGUCCAAGUAUCGUGCAAGAAGCUAGCCGUUCGAGUAUGGGAGCUACUUGUGUUGUUUCCUUCGAGUCAUCCGGAUUCUUCUCCUGUCAUGAAACAAACCAUCGACACCCCACAGCUAGGCAUUGAGCCUCCGAAAGAGCCCAUAGAAGCAAAGGAUCAUCCGUAUAUUCCAGAGAGGGCUGUCAAGGGGCAACGAGUCGGUGGUGUUCGAGUAUUUGACAUUGCCAUUCAAGAAAUGCCCAUGCCCCUGCGUGGCUUGGAGGCUGCUCUUCUUCGCUGUCGUGAAGAGUGGCUUUGUAUGGCCACAAUAUGCUCAGAUACCGACAAAGCGAUGGCAAUAUUAUGGGGCCGAUGGGCAGCCCAGUACAGACGAGAGUUCUUGGCCAAUCCGGUGAAGAGUAUUGAGAAUUUUAUCACAAAGUACUGUCUCCUGAUCCAGCGAGUGACGGAGCACAAGAACGAGGGAAAGAAGGGAUAUCUUGUUUUCCUCCGUUGGCUCUUGACCCUUAAAGUUCACGGUCACAUUACGCAGCAACAAACGGCGUUUCUAUGCACGAGAUACAAAGAAUUACUCGCGCAGUCUCAAUCAUUUCAGGAAUAA